AUGCUGGAGCCCAUGGGGAGCGUGCUCGGGGGGUUCUUGCUGUACGAUUGGAAGAUCCGUGAGACGCUGUAUUCUGAACUGACGGGGGCUGUUGAUGGGAGAGGUUUUCAAAGUGCGACAAUAGGGAGGAAACGGGCCUCUGUUGCUGGUAUUUUGGUCAGCUUUAUCACGCAACGCAAGUAUGGAACUUCGCAGGCAUACAACGCGGCGCAAAGGCCGAAUGGAAAGACGAAAGACUUCAAGUCGGCGUCAUGCGGCAAGGAGAGUGAAAGUGCCGGGCAGGUGGAGGAGCGGAAUGGUAGAUCAGCCGUUCCUGCGCGCCGGUCCCCCCCUCGGAGCCUCUUCUUCCUUGACUUCUACAGGUCAACGCACGCCCACCUCCACCCGGCCAUGUGUAAACACAUCCUCAACGCCCAAGUGGCUAUCCGCUCUCCCUGCUGCCGCAAAUGGUUCGAUUGUGCGGAGUGUCACCAAGAGCAAGAAGCUCACAUGCUGCAAAAGUCGCAGGAAAUGGUUUUCGCCUGCAAAAAGUGCCGGAAGUGUUUCCGCAAAGACGCGGCCGAGUUUGAAGACAGUGACGAGUACUGCCCACACUGCGAUAAUCACUUCGUUAUCGAAGCCGUGACACCAAAACCAUCUCUUCAUGUCGAAGGAGACGACGCACGCAUGGAUAAUCGGAUGCUCAAGGAUGAACGUAUUCGUGCGGAUCAAGAGCGUUCCAUCUUCAACUUCAAGGAUAUCUCUGAUCGGCUGGGCUAG